UCGUUCUAUCGAUGUGUGGAGUUGUGGACCAAUAGGAAAAACGUCAAAAUAAUUUGACGUGUCAAAACUUGUUAAGAGUCAUUUUAAGUUCCAACUAGUCGAAUGGGAAAUGUUAUGGGAAAUGCUUCACAGCUUGAAAAAGACGUGGAAAAUGAAGAAUGGCUGAAAGAUUUACAAGAAAAUAGAAUUCUUGAUUUCAGUCGAAAAGUAACACACAGCCAAUUUCUUAAGCACAUUCAACAAGAAUACACUGAAGCAUCCCUCAGUGAUUUGCCGUGGUCCAUUUUGGAAAAUGUGAACUUAUACCAACAUGUUAAUGGAUCCUUUAAUAACAUUAGCCAUUUAUCUACAAACUUAGCUCUCAGGAUUCCUCAUUUGACACAUUUAAAUUUUUCUUACAAUUCACUUACAGAAAUUCCCUCCAGUAUUGCCUUAUUAUUUCAUCUAAAAGAAUUACUUUUAAGAGAGAAUCAAUUAAUUUGUCUUCCAGAAGAGAUGUGCCUUUUACCAAAACUUGAAAUGCUAGAUGUUUCAUUCAAUCAACUUCAAAGUCUCCCUAAAGGAAUUGGGAAGUUACAAAGACUAUCCAAAUUGAAUGUUUCCCACAACUAUUUAAGUUCAAUCCCUAGCUCGUUGGGCCUUAAUCCCCAUUUGUUUGUACUAGUUGCUAGUAACAACAUGUGUACAAAUCCACCACAAGAUGUUUGUAACAAUAGCGACCAGCUACUGAUGUACUUGCGUGAACACGCACCCGAAGUACUUACAUUUAGGCAGCUAAACCAUUUCCCUCGAAUCCGUUCAAAUGUGGCCCGUUCCCAAUUAGAUGACGAUGUCCGAACACAAAACGUAGCUUCGUAUGUUCAGACAUUGACACAAACAUCAAAACCAGCUAGCAGAGCCAAAACACCACUUCUGUUCCCUUCACAUGGCACAAAAUGCAAUCCAGAUGAUUUAAGAGACAAGAUCAUUGGACUUAUCUACGGUACUGUUCUUGGAGAUACCCUUGGUGUUGCUACCGAGUACCUGAUGACUGAUGAAAUAAAUUUUUAUUAUGGCGGUGGAAGACUGGAUCACCAUUCCAUCGUGCAGGAUGAACAUCGCUCUCACUUUCCACGAGGGAAAACAACUUGCGUUUCUGAGUUUGCGCUAUUGAUAUUCGAUUCCAUUCUUCGCUGGUCGGGCGUUCUGGAUGAGCUGGAGCUUGCUCGCCGUUUGAUUGACUACUCAUCUAAGGGCCUUAAAGACCUUAACGGCGAACCAUUAAUCACUUCUAGUGUCGUGAACCGGCUGCUUUGCCAAGAGCGUUUCUCCAUUGAUCCUCACGCGGUAGCGAGCGAAACAGCUAAACUUUUUGAUGAAGCCAUCUGCGAAGAUCUUCACGCUUUACCAAUGGCCAUCAUGUCCGGUCUUCCCCAAUUUUACAAUCUUACAGAAGUUCAAUCUAAUGCUACUCGCGUCUGCCGCACAACCCAUAAUCACGAACGUGUUAUUAAGUCGACGUCACUGCUGGCUUCGAUUAUAGCUUUGAUAUUACAGGGUUGUGAAAUGGAUAAUAUUAAAGAAGUUGUCACUAACCAGAAUCUUGUAGAAAGUGAGAUUUACCACAGGGGCAGCUUAGCCUAUGAGGAGAAUAACGAAAUGAAGGACGAACUUGCCAAUGUUCUUAGUGCUGCCCUUCACUGUUUAGAAGAGAAAGAGCCGCACUUUGAGACAAAACUAACGAAUAUCCUCUUCCUUGGUGGACAGAGUCGUAUUUAUGGAGCUGUUUGUGGUGGUAUAUUGGGAUGUCGUUCUGGAUAUGCUCACAUGCCAGCCAGAUGGCUUGAAGGGAUGCAUCCCUCCGUUACUGUGUGGCUCAAUGAGCGAUUAAACCAUCUAUUAGAUAUGAUGGGUCUCCCCUAGAUGUGUGUAUUUGAAAUCUUUUCAUAUUUUGUCAAAAACAUUUCCUUUUUGCUGUUUCAUUUAUAUAUAAAGUUUGAUUUUUUUUUUAUUUAUGAAAGUAUAUUAUCAAUAAAAGGAACACAUUAUUUUAA